UGCAGCUCCGUUUCGCUUUUCGUCUCCGACACACACUUCUCGCUGCAUUAACACACCCCCACGCACAUACAAUAAGCAGAUCCGGUCCCUUUCGUUUUCAUUUCCCGGAAGGAUACUUAAAAUAUUUCAAGCGAUCCUGAAAGUAAUCAAAUUGUCGUCUCCAUUUCGAUUUCAUAUCGCGGCCCCCACAGCAAAGACGAAUUGGUAAACUGUGACGUGGAAACUUCUUGGGGAUUCAAAACUGGCCAAGUGCAAAUUACCAGGAUUUGGGAAAAGUGUUAUUCUCCCAUCUCAGGUAAAGGAACAUGACUGACGGCUCCUCACUGCCACCUUUGAUCAAGCAGGAGUCCGGGGGGAGAAGCAGUCCUCCCGCUUGUUCCCCGGUGCUGAUGGUCCCUCGCAGCCCCGUGGCCUCAUUGUACCCCGGCUCGCAUGACGAGCUCUGCAAGUUGCCUGGAAGACUGCGUAUCAACCCCUCGCUGUGGGGGAAGGAUGACGUUAGCCAUUGGCUGCGCUGGGCACAGAAGGAGUACUCCCUGCGCAGGACGGACCAGUCCAAGUUCGAGAUGAAUGGCAAAGCGCUCUGCCUCCUGACCAAGGAGGACUUCCGCCUCCGCUGCCCCAGCUCGGGCGAUGUCCUGUACGAGCUACUGCAGCACGUCAAACAGCAGAGGAGGGCGAUGGUGUGCAGCUCUCUGCCCAAACCCCUGGACAGACAGAGCGUCCAUGCACCCCAGAACCGAGAGACCAAUGGAGGACAGGCAGUGCCCUGUGGACAACCCUACCGGUCAGUUCCUGUGUGCCAGGUGAAUGCUCACCCUGGUAGCAUGGCGCCCCACAGUGAACCCUACCCAGACCAGAGGGAACACCCCUCACCUCAUUUUGCCUUCUCCCUGCCACAGAUCCAUUUAGAUUUCCAGAGAAAUCCCGCCCAGCCACUGGCAGAACCGCCGCAGCACUCGACUCCCAUCCUGCUCUCGCAGCACAUCACCAGCCAGUCCGGCCAGGGCAUGCCCAUGCCCGCAGCCCUCCGCUGCAAAGACGAGCCGCUCAACCUCUCCAACAGGGUGGAGAGCCCCAGCUCAAUGAGCAUCCCCCAGACCAACGAAGCCAACGGCAAGAUCGCAGACUGCCGCCUGCUGUGGGACUACGUGUACCAGCUGCUAUCCGACCAGCGCUAUGAGCCCUUCAUCCGUUGGGAGGACCCGCAGUCCAUGGUUUUCCGGGUAGUGGACCCAAAUGGCUUAGCCCGGCUUUGGGGGAACCACAAGAACAGAGUCAACAUGACCUAUGAGAAAAUGUCCCGGGCACUCAGACACUACUACAAGCUCAACAUCAUCAAGAAAGAGCCAGGGCAGAAACUGCUUUUCCGGUUUCUGAAGACUCCUGAGGAGAUACUGCAGAGCAGAGCCGACCGCCCGGACCACGCCGAAUCUCCAGAGCAUCCCCUGUCACCCGACUACAGAGAGGAGGGCCUUGAGGUGUCCCCCGAAUCCAGCUCCAACCCAUCCUCCCCAGCUGGACUGAUCGCCCCGCUCACCCCUCCGCCCCUUUGAACCUACGAGGAGGAUGCCUCUGCUUAGGCCAUGGCCUGGCUGUAGGAGAAUCCUAGAGGAAUGAUGAGACACAUGCAUAGGCCUCUUCUUAAGGCAAGGAAUUUACAGAAUGGGUGAUAGAGGGGCAUGGGUUUGUACUGGAGUAGAGGGCUGGUGACAAAACCUUGGACAAAGAUAAUGAUCCACCCAUUGACUCCUUGGACACUUGCAACAUUGAUGACACUAA